AUGCCCAAAUUCGUACCGCGACAGCGCAAACAUAAGGUCAUCGCCAGGGCAAAAGGAAAUGGCCGACAACCAGAAUUUGAAGUUGUGGACUCCAACGUAGUGGAGCACAUCCCCGCGGCGAAAUCAGAAUUGGAAGAAAAGAAGCUGCGCUUGAAAGAGGAGUUGAAGAAAGAGGGACAAAAAAUAAGCGGUAAAAAGGCUAAACGACUCGAGAAAUACAUCGACACGAAAUUGCGGAAAGACGAAAAUCGAGAACUCAUUGCGAAGUUAGCGCAUGCGACAACAGACACAAGCCUUUUUCAGAGCAGUCGAAAAUUGGGACAAGGUCGGGAGACAAAAAGGGAGCGUCUGGGUAGAGCUCUGAGGGACAAGCAGGCUGGUAUAGAUAUCGACGGGGACAAUGACGAGCUUCUGUUUGAGAAAAGAAUUGUGCGGGAAGUGGAGGACGAACCUUCCUCAGAUGAAAAUGAACCAGAGCAGGCCAGUGCUGGAGGACUCUUUCAGACUUCUCUCACGGCACAACUACCUGCCAAACAGUCCUAUGCUGUUGGUGGGGGUCUGAAGCGACCCUUGGAAGUUGGCGAUGACGGCCGACCUGUUUUGAAGAAGAGGAAGCGAAGAGGUGGUGUACAGUCGAAAGUACAGUUGAUGCCAGAUCCAGCACCGGAACCAGAGUGGGAGGGUUUUGAAUCGGCAUCUGAGGCUUCUAGUAAUACCGAUGAGAGUUCACAAUCUAGUGCAGAAGAGGACGAUUCAUCGGUAGAGGAGGAAGACGAAAUGCUGAGUGAGCAAGACGAAUCUAAGGUGGAUGAGGAUGUGAGCAAUAGCUCAGAAAGCAGUGGUGAUGAAGAGGAGGAGGAUGACUCGGAGGACUCAUCUGAAGAGAGUGAUGAUGGUGAAGGAACACCACAAAGACAGGAACGUUCGUCGGCGUUUAAGAGUUGGGCAAAUCAGCAAUUGAACGAGGCACUUGGUUAUGAGUCGGUGUCGAAUGUUCCGAAUGCGACAGAGACACCAAAAAUAGCGGGAUUCGAGCCUAGAGCCCUGGAGGAAGACCCAUUGCCUGUCGAAUUACAACCUACCACUAACCUUGGGAGGAAAGCGUUCAGUGUAUCAGUCGAACGGUCUCCAGAUAUCCAGACCGUUCGGCUUCAGCUGCCAGUAGUUGCAGAAGAACAGAAAAUCAUGGAAGCUGUACACAACAGCAAUCUUGUGGUCGUUUAUGGUGCGACUGGGUCUGGAAAAACGACCCAAGUUCCCCAGUUCUUGUUCGAAGCCGGUUACGGUUCUCUAGGCUCACCUACCCCCGGUAUGAUUGGUGUGACGCAGCCUCGAAGAGUUGCGGCGGUCAGUAUGGCUAAGCGAGUGGGCGACGAGAUGGGAAACCAAGGCAAAAAGGUUGCAUAUCAGAUUCGGUUCGAGGGAACUGUAAGCCAAGAUACCGCAAUCAAAUUCAUGACCGACGGUGUGCUACUAAGAGAGGUUGCGCAAGAUAUUGCUCUUCGCAAGUACUCGGCCAUAAUUAUUGACGAAGCGCAUGAGAGAAGCGUGAAUACGGAUAUUCUUAUUGGAAUGUUAAGUCGAGUCGUUAAAUUACGUCAGGAAAUGGCCCAGGAAGACCAGUCUACAAAGCCAUUGAAGCUCAUCAUCAUGUCUGCAACAUUAAGGAUCACCGAUUUCACAGAAAAUACAACACUCUUCUCGGAACCUCCGCCUGUUUUGCAAGCCGAAGGUCGUCAAUACCCAGUAACGACUCAUUUUUCCCGAAGAACAAAUCAUGAUUAUGUGGAAGAGGCUUUCCAAAAGAUCAGCAAAGGUCACAAGAAAUUACCACCGGGAGGAAUUCUUGUUUUCCUAACAGGUCAAAAUGAGAUCACUCAAUUGAGCAAGAAGCUCAAGGAGGCUUUUCGAAUGGGCCAUACUUCCACAGGACCUCAAGUCCGGAUAUCUGGAAAGGAUGCUCCGAUCGAGACGGAGGACAUUGACUUCGGUGACUUUGGCGAUGAUCGCAACGAUGAUUUCGAUGAAGAUGAUGAAGCUGACAUUGAUGUGGGAGAGGACGAGGAGUUCAAGCUGGAAGGAGAAGAGGAAGAAACUGGCCCCGCGAAGAUGCACAUAUUACCACUAUAUUCAUUGCUGCCUACAAAAGAACAGCUGCGCGUAUUUGAGCCGCCACCAGAAGGGUCUCGACUAGUUGUUCUCGCGACCAAUGUUGCCGAAACAAGUUUGACUAUUCCUGGUAUUCGCUAUGUUUUUGAUUGUGGCAGAUCAAAAGAACGAAAGUAUGAUAAGAACACUGGCGUCCAAAGUUUUGAAAUCAGCUGGAUUAGCAAAGCUAGUGCAAGUCAACGAGCUGGUCGUGCGGGUCGUACUGGUCCAGGUCAUUGCUAUAGGCUUUACUCCUCAGCUGUCUAUGAAAGAGACUUUGAAGAGUUUGCCGAACCAGAAAUAUUGCGAAUGCCAAUUGAGGGCGUAGUACUGCAAUUGAAAUCGAUGAACCUACAACAUGUAAUCAACUUUCCCUUCCCAACACCCCCAGACCGACAAAGUCUCGCGUCCUCAGAAAAGCUCCUCACAUACCUCUCCGCCAUCUCACCAACUGGCCAAAUCACCUCCACCGGCGCCACAAUGUCAAUCUUCCCACUUUCACCCCGCUUCGCACGUAUCCUCCUCGUAGGCCACCUGCACGACUGUCUCCCCUACACCAUCGCCCUCGUAGCCGGUCUCUCCGCAGCCGACAUCUUCAUCCCCUCCAACCAAGCGAUCCCGCAAAUCGCCGCGCUCGAACCAGACACCUACCUCACAGCCCUCGACCACGCCGAAUCCGAACGCGCCGCCGCCAUCCGCCGGCACUUCAACGCGGUCCAAAAAUCCUUCUGCUUCCUCGACUCCAAAAGCGACGCCAUAAAACUCCUACAGGUAGUCGGCGAAUUCGCCCACGAACCCACAGAAACAUGGUGUAUCUCGCACUUCGUCCGCUUCAAACCCCUCACCGAGAUCCAGAAACUGCGGAAACAAAUCACAGAUCUGCUACGCACCAAUAUCCCCGCUUUCUCAACCUUGGCAUAUCAAGAUAAACUCCCACCACCGACACCGAAACAGGUGAAAGCGCUGAAACAAAUGGUCGCCGCGGGGUUUAUAGAUCACAUCGCCAUACGCGCUGAUCUUGCCCCCGUACCACCGGAAAUGCGAAAAGCAACGCGCGCGAUAGACGUCCCGUAUCUGCCCUUACUCCCAACCCACGCCGACUCACCCUCAGUGUACAUCCACCCCUCCUCUCCACUAUCCCAUCUCUCAACCCGCGAAUGUCCAGAAUACAUAGUGUACUCCUACCUCCAACGAUCCCUCGAAAACCCGCUACAACCAGAGCGCACGCCGAAAACACGUAUGCACGCGCUUACUGAUAUCAGCGGAGCGCAGAUAGCGGCGCUGGCGAAGGGGACGCCGUUGAUUAGUUGGGGGAAACCGAUUAAGGAGGUGAAAGUGUGGGAGGAGGGGAGGAAGAGGGAGGUUUGGUGUGUUCCUACUUUUAGGGCGGAGGGGAUGGGGGGUGUGGGGUGGGCGUUGCCGGCUAGGAAGGUGGUGCAGAGGAGGGAGGGGGGGAGGGGGUGGGUUGUUGAGUAG